AUGGAUUACUCCUACCUCAACUCCUACGACUCGUGCAUGGCCGCCAUGGAAGCCUCUGCCUACGCCGAGUACAGCAGCUGCAGCCAGGCCAACUCCUUCCAGUACACCCCGAUCCGGAGCAGCUUCUCCGCCAGCCCGGGCUGCCCCCCGCUCACCCCCGCCAGCUGCACCCUGGGGGCCCUGAGGGACCACCAGCCCUCGCCCUACUCCACAGUGCCCUACAAGUUCUUCUCCGACCCCUCCAGCAUCAAUGAGAAGAGGAAGCAGCGAAGGAUCCGGACCACCUUCACCAGCUCCCAACUAAAGGAACUGGAGAGGGUAUUCGCUGAAACCCAUUACCCAGAUAUCUACACCCGAGAGGAGCUGGCGCUCAAGAUUGACCUGACUGAGGCCCGGGUGCAGGUUUGGUUCCAGAACAGAAGAGCUAAGUUCCGUAAGCAAGAAAGGGCGGCAAAUUCCAAAACUGGAAGCGGCAGCAGUGGAGGAACCAACAGCAAAAAGUCCGACCCAAGAUCAUCAUCUGAGGACGAUGAGUCCAAGGAAUCCAACUGCAGCCCAACCCCUGACAGCACGGCUUCCCUGCCCACCGCGACUAGCCUCAACAGUCCGGGGGGCAGCCUGAGCCCCAGCCCGGGCACUGGAGUGAGCAUGGUUCCCCCCAGUCAUACCAGUCAGACCUUGAAGCCCCCAGUGUGGCCUGGAGUCCCCACCAGCAGCAGCACCUGCACGGCAGACCUCCUGAAAGCCUGGCAGCCUGCCGAUGCCGUGCCGGGACCCUUUGCCGGCGUCCUCUCCACUUUUCAUCGGAAACCAAACGUCCUUAAAACAAAUCUGUUCUAA